AUGUCCAAGACGCGACUCAUCCAAGACCACUACCACAACAUUUUACUCACUCCCUCCAACCCCGCAACAGUCAUGGCACCCAACAGGGCCAGAGCGCGCAAUCAGCAGCCUCAACCACCGCAGCCCUCCGACUACGAGACAGAUGCCCCGCCUCCAGCACUCGACGUGCCGCUGCCUCCCCCGCGCUCCAACGAGGAGCUGAACCUCUCCGUCCUGCGACGCGUCUACCCCGAGGUGAUCGCCAUAGAGCACGUGACAUCAUUCGUCGCCCUCUAUGUCUUCAAGCUCGAGACCCAGACCUGGGAAAAGGUCGGCACCGAGGGCACCCUCUUCCUCUGCCAAUUGACUCCUGCGUCUAACGGUGCUGAGCGAUAUUGCGUUGUCAUACUCAACCGCAAGGGCCUCGACAACUUCUACCUCGAACUCACCAGUAGCGACGACAUGGAAAUUUCCGAGCCCUACAUCAUUGUGCAGGGUGACGAAGUCUACGGCCUCUGGAUCUUCGCCGACCCGCCGCCUGCCACGACCGCCAACAGCCUUGCCGAAACCGCGGAAAAGAUCAUGGAGAUUGCUGACAGGGCGAAAGCAAGCCGUGACGCCAAGGAUAGAGAAGGCAAGAACGGUGUCAAGCAGGCCGUCGAACAGACCGAGGCUGCAUCAUCUGCACCCAUGGGCCGUCAGCUCUCGCUUCGCCAAUUGUUUGGCCAACCGCGCGAGCAAGAUGCCGGAUUCAGCGUCAACAGUUACAGCAGUGGCCCGCCGCCGAACAUGUACGCGCAACAGUCAGCCUACAUGCCGCCACCAAACCCUGCACCAGCACAGCAAGACGUGCUAGGUCAGCUGUUCAUGAAAGCCAAGCACGAUUACAAUGGCUUUGGCUGA